UUUUGAUGCAAAAUUAAAAAUUAAGCAUCUUUACACAUAAUAAUUACAGAAAUUGCCAUUCCCAUGUGCCACAACCGCUUCUCCUAUAUAUACGGCUGUUUACACAAGAUGACAAAAAGAAAGAAAGAAAGAAAACGCCAUUAAACAAAAACCUCUCCCUAAAUCUCUCACGCUCUCUUCGUUUGUCAACUGUAAACCCCACAGAAGAAGGAGAGACGAUUCACACUACAAAAGAAAGAUGGAGAAGGUAGAUGAGUAUAGUGCCUCCACGGCGUCGUUUUCACCUAGCUUCAGCACUUACUCCGGCGAUAGACUCGCCGAGAUCGCCGCACGAGUCGGCAGCGAAAGUUAUAAAGAGAACGGAAACGAAGAAUUCGAGUUCGCGAUCCUCCAGACGCCUUCUUCUUCUUCUUCCUCCGGCGACGGUGGACUAGUCUUCCCUGUUUUCGACCAGACUCUCCUCUCCGACACUUCCGCCGCCGUGGAACGUGAGGACGUUUCGCCGGAAGCGGUUGCGACGCCUUUAAAAGAUCUGUUCCUCCGCGAGCGCAACGACCAGCCGCCGCCGCCACCGCCGCAGACGUAUUCAUCGUCGUCGGAGGACGAGGAAGAUGAUGAUCUAGACACGAUACCGAGCGAGAUCUACUGUCCAUGGACGCCGGAGAGAUCAGCGGCGGAGAUGUCUCCGAGCGGAGGAUGCAGAAAGAGCAAAUCGACGGGGUCGUCGACGACGUCGUCGUGGUCGAGGAGACGGUGGAGAAUCAGAGAUCUGUUAAAGAGAAGUCGCAGCGACGGGAAACAAUCACUCGAGUUCCUAGAUUCCACGACUUCAUCACCUUCUCCGAAGACUACUACGGUGGUGAAGAAGAAGGAGAAGGAGAAGGUUUCAGCACACGAGAAGUUUUACUUGAGGAACAAAGCUAUCAAGGAAGAAGACAAGAAAAGAUCAUAUCUUCCGUACAAGCAAGAUCUUGUCGGACUUUUCUCCAACGUUAGCCGUUUCAGCAAAACUUUUCCUCCUUUCUAAUCUGAUCUGAUCUGAUCUGAUCUGAUCCAUAACACCAGACAAUGUCCUCUCUUCUCUUUGGAUCCAUUCGGUUAAACUUUAGUUUUUUUUGUUUGUUUUAUUUACUUUCUAAUAAAGUAUAACUAGUUCACAUUCGUAUCUAAUAAACUAUAGCUUAUAAAAGAUGUAGUAGAUGACUGUUUAAUAAGUACGUCUUCAAUUA